AUGUACACUUCAUCUGCCCCGGGGCCAACCCGUGGACGUGGUGGAAAUCCCAAUGCCGUACCACCUCAGCAGUCCCAGACUCAACAACUUCGUGGUCCCUCGUCAGGUAAUCCUGGUGCACCACCUCAACUAGCAACAGCAGCUACGAGUCGUGUAGGUGAGAUGCUGGACCAAGUGAAAGCAGAAUAUGAAGCUGCCAUCCAGCAACUUAACAUGGCCAAGAUGGAGCAACUUGAGGUCGAACGGAAGAUCCAAUCCCAGGUUGUUGAAAUGGAUCAGAUCCAGCAGUCACUCAAGGCUCUUGAAGCAAAUCAUCGCCGUAUUCGACAGCAAUAUGAAGAAGAUAUGCUGCGUAUGCGCAGACAGCUUGAGACGGGUCAAGUCUCACAGCAACAACAGGUUGUAUCCCAACAAUCAGUAGCUACCAAGCUCCCGUCCAAACGCUCACGUGCUCCACCUACUAGUAGUAGCAUGCAGGAAGAUUCAUCUUCUCUCAUGUCGAACCUUGUGGCAGCGGCAACGUCUUCAGGACGUGCUGGGGCUGCAAUCAACCAGCAACAACGUGGUAAUGGCAGCUCUCCUGUACGUGUUGUACCGGUUCAACCUGCUUCGCGCAGUCUUCAACAACUUGGCCAACAACCUCCUCAAUUGCCACCUCCUCCACAACAAGGAGGCAAUCAUAAUCCACCUCCGCAACUCAGUCCUUUGACCACAAGUAAUACGAACACGACGCCGUCGUCUCGUCGCAUGCCCAGCAUUAACAGUGAAGCGAACGGCAAAGAUCGUGCAGCAAAUUCACCCCCGGCACAUAAGAAAUCCAAACUUAAUGGAUCUGACUCGAGUAUUCCGAGUCUAAAUGCCAAUGGCAAAGGCACAAUGCCAUCUGUAAUCUCUGCUGGUAGCAGUGCUUCUACGUCAGGUGGAAUGUUGCCUCAGGUCUCGAAGAUGAACCGAGAGCAAGGAUCUGCUAGCACGAAUUCUAGUCCCAGUCCCGCUAACGUCAGCCAGUCUCAAAACGCGGCGUCUAGCACCACAAAGACGGAGAGUGAAUCUGCUGAGAGCCGUGGCACCACGAGCUCUGCGAUGACAUUGUCUGCGGCCUCGGGCAACAACACUACGCAGAAGAGCUCGAAUACGAAGGCUAGUCGUCUUAAUUGGAGCUGCGUGUACUCGUCCAAAACGAGCAUGUCAUACCAAGAGUCGGAGCGCCCUGCUGCUGAGAUGCAUCAGUCCAUGGAUCACCAGAGCGUCGUGUGCUGCGUGCGGUUCUCGUCAGACGGUACAAUGAUGGCUUCAGGUUGCCACAAGACGGCACAGGUUUUCGAUGUGAAGACUGGUGACCGCAAGUUCCUAGUCUCUCGUCCAGCUGGUUCCAAUGGACAGACCCCUACAUCUCAGGCUAAUGCUCCGGCUAACGAAGCCGAUGAUGCAUACGUUCGUGCUGUUUGCUUUUCGCCGGAUUGCACGAAGCUGGUUGCAGGUAUGCCACAGAACACUAUUCGCGUGUGGGAUAUUGCUUCGAACGAGGAAGGUCCAGCUAUGACUGGCCAUGAGUCUGAAAUUUAUUCUCUGGACUAUGUGAACGAUCUGAUUGUAUCCGGAUCGGGUGACCGCAAGGUGCGCCUUUGGGAUGCUCGCAACGGCCAGUGCAAGAAAAUUUUUGGCAACGAGAGUGGUGGUCCGUCGGAUGGCGUGACGUCGGUUGCUCUUUCGCCAGACGGACGGCUUUUGGCUGCUGCAUCGCUGGACAAGGUUGUGCGAAUUUGGGAUACCGAGACGGCACAACUGCUGGACCGGCUGGAGGGCCAUAGUGACUCGGUAUACUCAAUAGCUUUCUCGCCCGAUGGCAAGAACGUAAUUUCUGGAUCGCUUGACCGCAACAUCAUGCUGUGGGAUGUGUGUGCACAGGGCCGCACGACCACACGGCCACGCAUGCUUUUCCAGGGCCACAAAGACUUCGUGUUAUCGGUGGCUUACACGCCUGAUGGAAGGUGGUUGAUGUCUGGCUCAAAGGACCGCUCGGUUGUGUUUUGGGAUCCACGUUCGUCACGCUCAGUGCUGACGUUAACGGGCUAUCGGAAUUCGGUGAUAAGUGUGGCGUCAUCUCCUGCGUCCCCCUACUUUGCAACGGGAAGUGGUGACUGCUUUGCCGUGAUCUGGAAGUACCAGUGCCAGACAUUUUAA